AUGCAAUGUAAUCUUUUAGAAUCUCCGAUAUCUAUUAAUUAUUUUUUAAAUAAAAAUGAUAUUUUUAAAAACGAUACAGGCAAAGAUUCAAGAAGUUUCAAUGGAGUCGAUUCUGUAACAUUAGGAAAUCGUUAUGAAACAGUCACAACAACAGAUAAUAUUAUUUCAGUUCGAACACAUGCAACGGAUUUAUGUAUCGUUAAAGAUGUACUAGAUAAUGUUUGUAAAAAAGUUUGUAGAUUAGUUUCAUGGAGUAAAUUUGCUGUGAAAAAGUAUCGAACAUGUUUUGAAAAAAGGCAGCAUAAACUAUUUUCUCUUCGACAAAAAUAUCGAAACAAUCUUCAACGAUUAGAGAAUGCCGCUAGAAAAUUGCUAAAUACGUAUGAUACCACAAAUGGUCCAGUCAAUCAAAUUGAAUUAUUUAAAAUUGUGAAAGAAACUAAAACAAAUCAAAUUAAAUUAUAUGCAACAAUGGCAAAACAAAUUCGUGAGAAAUAUCUUAUGCAAAGAAAUCAAAAGAAAAGAAAACUAGAUUUUUAUGAAGAAAAAUUUCGUGAAUAUAUUCAACAAAUGCCGAAAUAUGUUUGCACUGUUUGUCACCGAUGCAUGUUUCAAACGGAUGUUAAAGAGUGUCAUAGAGAAAAAUAUAAAACGAAAUUUAGUGAUAAUGUUUGGUCAUCAACUAUGACAUGUUUUACAGGGGCCUAUGUGGAUAAAGAUGCAUUUGAUUCUUGUAAAAGAACAGAAUGGAUUUGCACGGCGUGUCACAACAUUCUUUGGAAAGGAGGUAUUCCACCAAGAUCUGUUGUAGCUAAUAAUAUGGUUGGAGAACAUAUUCCUGAUGAUAUUCGAAUAUUAAAUGAUUUAGAACGACAUCUUAUUGCUUUAAGAUUACCAUUCAUGAAAAUGAUCUCUUUACCGAAAGGGGGACAAAAAGGAUGCAAAGGUCCAGUUAUAUGUGUUCCUUCUGAGGUACAAGAUACAGCUAAUAUUUUACCGCGACAUCCAAGUAAAUCUGCAUUCAUUCGAUUAAAACUAAAACGUCGGUUGAAUUAUCGAGGUUGGUAUAAGUAUCAGAUGAUAUGUCCGGAUCGUGUACGAAGUGCAUUAAGAAUUCUAUGUGAAAUAAACGAAAAUUACAAAAAUAUAAAAAUUGAUGACAAUGAUUAUGAUUACUUUAAUUGGGAUGAUCAUUUAAUAAGUAAUUUGAGUAAUGAUGAACGUAUAUUUUCGUCUCUAAAAGAAAAAAAUAAAGAGAAUAAUGAGAAUGAAGAUAAAGAUGAAGAUGUUUAUGGAGAUGAGGAAGAUGAUGAACGAGAUCCUAGAAAGAAAUUUUCAAUACCAACUGACACUUGCCUUCAAUCUAAUAUUGCAGAAGAUUAUGUUGAUUUUGAACAAGAUGUCAUUUCUAUUGCACCAGCUGAAAAGAAUCGUCCAGCUUCAUUAUUAAGAGAAAAAGGUUUAGAAGCAAAAGCAUUUCCUCAUCUUUUUCCUGACGGAAAAAAUACAUAUGAUCAAGAAAGAGAGAGAAAACUAAAAUUUAGUACUUAUGCAAAUCAACGUCUAUUUAGUGCUGAUUAUCGAUAUGCAUCAGAUCCACAUUAUAUAUUUUUUUUACAAUAUUUGAAUGACAUUCAACAUGCAAGUUCUGGUAUUAGUUUACAAUUAAGAAAAAGUUGUUCAAAAUCACAGUUUACUCUUCAAAAUAUUUCUGAUAAAAAAUAUUUGUCUAAUAUGUUAAAGAAAGAUAUGAUUUUUAAACAUCUAUUAAAAGUUAGAGGAUCACCACAGUAUUGGUCAUCUACAUUAUCUGAAUUAUUUGCUAUGAUUAGACAGUUAGGAGUACCAACAUGGUUUUGUAGUUUUUCUGCUGCUGAUGCACGUUGGAUAGAUUUACUUCAUUAUUUAGCAGAUUAUCAUAAUAUAGCAAGAAAAAAUAAAUAUACAUGGAAUGAAACGAAUUACUUAUUGAAAACUAAUCCAGUGAUUGUUUCUCGAAUUUUCGAUAGACGGUUUCGAAGUUUUAUGAGAAACAUUAUUUUAUCAAAAUUUGCAGCAUUAGGUGAAGUGAGUGAUUAUUUUUAUCGAGUUGAAUUUCAAAAAAGAGGCUCACCUCAUAUUCAUAUGAUUGUUUGGAUAAAGAAUGCACCAAAAUAUAGAGAAAAUUCAGAUGAAGAAGUAAUAACAUUUAUUGAUAAAUAUAUAACAUGUAAAAUGCCAAAUGAAAAAGAUUUACAUUUAUAUAAAAUUAUUAAGGAAGUACAGACUCACUCAAAAUCACAUUCAAAAUCAUGUAAAAGACGUAAUAAAGUCUGUCGAUUUUACUUUCCGAAACCAAUAUCACGACGAACAUUUAUUGUUAAUAAAAAGUUUAAAGUUGGUGAUGACAAUGAUGAUGAUGAGACAGAUCAAUUGAAUAAUAUUAAAACAAAAUUAAAAGAGAUGAAUAUUUAUCUAAAAGACAUAGAAGAUAAAAAUAUUGUUUUAAAUUGGAAUCAUUUCGAUGACUCACUCGUAAAAGUUGGAUGGAGUUAUGAUGAAUAUGAACGAGCAUUAGAAAACAUAUUACCAGCAGAUACUGUUGUACUUAAACGUGCACCAGAAGAUAGAUGGGUAAAUAAUUAUAAUGAAAAAUGUAUUCUUAAUUGGAACGCAAAUAUGGAUAUACAGUAUGUGAUGAACGCAUAUGCUUGCGGAAAAUAUAUGUUAUCGUAUAUCUGUAAAGCUGAAAAAGAAAUGAGUGAUAUAUUAAAAAAUGUUCAUCAGGAAGCAAAAGAAAAAAAUAUAUCGAUACAAGAAGAAAUGAAAGUUCUUUCAGGUGUAUAUUUUCAUCAUAGAGAAGUCUGUGUUCAAGAAGCAAUCUAUCGUGUAUGUAGUUUAAAAUUAAAACAAGCUAGUAGAAAAGUUGAAUUUGUUCCAACUGAUCCUGAUUGUUUCCGUUUGUCUAAACCAUUAAAUUUAAUAAGGAAAAUGAUAGCUGAAGGUCGAGAAGACAAUGAUGAUAUUUUAUAUAGUAACUUCAUGGAUAAAUAUUUAGAUAGACCUGAUAAUGCUUUAUUCGAUAUAUGUUUAGCUGAUUUUGUGGCUAAAUUCGGAUUUAUCAAUAAAAAAAAUCCAAGAACCCGAGUAGAAACUUGGCCAUUAAAAACAUUAAAUUUUGCAAUUUAUAAACGCAAACGGGAAGCAGUGAUUAGAUAUCCUCGUAUUGAUAUUAAUGAUGAUGAGGAAAAAUUUUAUCAUAAUUUAAUGAGACUUUUUUUACCUAUUCGAAAAGAAACUGAUAUACAAGAACCAUACAGCAAUUUUUUUCAUAAUGGUUAUAUUAAAUUUGUUAGUGGUACAAUAAAUUCUGUGAAGAAAAUUGUUUUAUCGAAUCGGGAACGAUAUGAAUCUAAAAUAAGUAAACAAUUAGAAGAAGCAGUGAAAGAUAUAACUGAGAAUAAUAUACCUGAGGAUGCAUGGGGUGUUCUUUGUGCAGAAUCUGAACUUCAAAACGAAGAGAUUAGUGAUCAUGUAAAGAUCAAGUAUAAAAAGUUAACAGAAUUAGAUACGGAUAAAAAUCCUGAUAUUGAAUACUUAUUAGAAUCUAAAAAGAAGGAACAAAAUGAACAAAAAAAUGUAUAUGAAAUUCAUCCUACAACAUAUCAACCCGAAAAAAUUCGAUCAAUGUUAAAAAAUAUGACACAUGAACAACUGAACAUAUUUUAUUAUGUGAGAGAUUGGUGUCUUCGAAAAAGAGCUAAUCAAGACAUAGAUUGUUUACGUCUUUUUAUCACUGGUGGAGCUGGCACUGGAAAAAGUCAUCUAUUAAAAUGUAUAUAUUAUGAAGCGACUAAAAUAUUAAAUGAAAUUAAUAAUGAUAACAGUAAUGAAAUUCGUACAUUAAUAUGUGCACCUACAAAUGCUGCUGCACUUAAUAUGAAUUGUACAACUAUGCAUAGUACGUUUAAAAUUGUUGAUCAGUCUUUAUGGAGAGAAUUACAUACACGACUAAGUCAAAUUACAUGUAAAACUGGUUCCAAUAUUUAUUUUGGAAAUGUUUCUAUAGUUGCCGUAGGUGAUUUUUAUCAAUUACCACCAGUUAAAGGAAUUCCUCUAUAUUUAUCAAUUAAUGUAAUAGAUUAUUGGCAAAAUUUAUUCGAAUAUUCUGAAUUAACGAUUUGUCAGCGAACGAAAGAAGCAGAUUUUUAUGCUCUAGCAAAUCGAAUUCAAGAAAAUGCUAAUCGAGAUGAUGGUAUUGUUAAAGGAGCAUUUGGAAAUGUUGUUGAAAUUGUUUUUGAUUCUAAUAAAAAAGAUUUUGUUGAUCAUAUCAGAAUUAAAUUUGAUAAUCCUGAUUGCGGACGUCAACACCAAAAAAUUUGUGAAAUUUGUCGAAAAGAAAAGACUGUUUGUAUUCAAAGAUACAAUAAUCCAUGGGAUGAAGAUGGACAAAGAAAAAAUACGGAACAAUUUCCAAUACGAUUAGGUUGGGCUUCAACUAUUCAUAAAGUACAAGGUCUAACUGUGAAAUCAGUAGUAAUUGAUUUAAAAAAAUUUAAUCAAACAGGACAAGGUUAUGUUGCUUUUACACGUCCGCCUAAAGGUGAAGAAGUUUAUCUUACACAGUUCAAAGAUGAGGCAUUUUUUUGCGAUGAACGUAUAGAAGAAUCCACUAGUAAAAUGCGAAAAAUGUCGUAUCAGUAUGCUCAAAUGGAAGAUGCCUCUUUAUUUCGAAUAGGUUUUCAUAAUGUUGAAGGCCUUGAAGCACAUUAUGAUCAUAUUAAAAAUCAUCAUUGGUAUAAAAGUUGUCAUAUUAUUUGUAUUAAUGAAACUUGGUUAAAGUCUUGCACUUGUCAAUCAGAAUUAGAAAAUUUUACAUUAAUUACUCAAAACCGAUCCGAUUCAUAUAGUAAUUCAAAUUUUAGUGAACGUGAUCGAGGUGGAGUUGGAAUUUUUAUACACAAUAAUACAUAUUUUGAAAAACUUAAUUUACCUUUAUGUGAUAUUGAAUCUCUAACAAUAAAAACAAAUAUUUUGAAUAAAGUAUGCUUUGUAACAACAGUUUAUAAACCACCACAUCUAAAUUCAAAACAAUUUAUAACUAAUUUCGAUCAUCAAGUUGCUUUAAUUAAUGAUGAAAAGAGUCAGCAUAUCAUUGUUGGAGAUUUUAAUGAAGACACAAAUCAAAUAAAUACACCAAUUCAUAAUUACUUUAAGAUUCAAGGCUUUAAAAAAUUAGAUGCAGCAGCUACCACUAUUGGUAAUACAUCAUUAGAUUGUAUUUUUAUUAAAAAUAUUGGUUUAAAAGAAAAAAUAAGUAUAAUACCAGCGUAUUUUUCUUAUCAUAAUGCUUUGAUGCUCGAACUCUUUGAAACCGAUAUAAAUUCAAAAGAAAUAACUUCCUUUCAUAAUCAUAUAAAAAAAAAAGAUAUUGACAAUUUGCAAUGGAAUUCAAUAGCAAAUUGUUGUUCUAAAAAAAAGAAAUUAAAUAAUAGAAAGAAUCAAGUUAAAAGAAAAAAAACAUUGAAAGAAAUAAAAUUAAAAAAAUUGAGUGAAAAACAAAAAAAAAUAUUGGAAGAAAGUCAAAAUGAAGAUUAUAUACCACGAAAUUCUUCGUAUAUCUUGGAUGAAGAUAAGGUUAUCGAAUAUAUUCGUGCUUUAUAUAUAGCAAAUUAUAAUUCAUGGUAUAGCUAUCAAGAUAUUCAGGAUCUUCUUGAAAAAGCAUUUGAGAUGAGAAAACAUGAUUUAUUAAGAAACAAUCGAUAUGUCUAUAUUUUUACUCCGAUUCUAGGAACUAAUAUUAUUAAUGAAAAUUUUGAUACAAAUAAUGAAUUAUUUGAUGCUAUUAAUGCAUUUCAACGUCAACGUUAUGUUGACAGUUCAUAUGCACAAAUUAAUGAACUUAUUAUUCCAUUGAAUGUUGAUCAACUACAUUGGAUAUUAUUAAUUAUUGUAUAUCCUGAACAAGCAAACAACGCCUAUUAUGUUUUCUAUUUUGACCCUCUCGGUCAGGCAAUACCUGAACCGAUUGUCAAUACUUUAAUGAAAUGUAACUUUAUACAAAAUGAAAAUCAAAUUCAAUCUAACUUUCAACAAAUAUUACAGAGAGAUGGCCGAAAUUGCGGUCCAUGGCUUGUUGUAUGUGCAACAAAUUGGCUCGAAACAAAGGAAAUUAAUAUGCAAUAUUUAUCAUUAUUUAAUAUUGAACAUGAACGAAAAUGUCAUGAAUCUUAUCUGUACGAUGUAUAUCUUGCAAGACAUAUUGAAAAGAAAUAA